ACCGUGAGGCUUUGCGGGGCCUCUUUCCAGCCAGCGCCGAGCGAUGGGCAUCUCUCGGGACAACUGGCACAAGCGCCGCAAGACCGGGGGCAAGAGAAAGCCCUACCACAAGAAGCGGAAGUAUGAGCUGGGGCGCCCGGCUGCCAACACGAAGAUCGGCCCCCGCCGCAUCCACACAGUUCGUGUGAGAGGAGGCAACAAGAAGUACAGGGCCCUGAGGCUGGACGUGGGGAACUUCUCCUGGGGCUCCGAGUGUUGUACCCGCAAAACAAGAAUCAUCGAUGUUGUCUACAACGCGUCCAACAAUGAGCUGGUCCGGACCAAGACGCUGGUGAAGAACUGCAUCGUGCUCGUUGACAGCACGCCGUACCGCCAGUGGUACGAGUCUCACUAUGCGCUGCCCCUGGGCCGGAAGAAGGGGGCUAAGCUAACUCCUGAAGAGGAAGAGACAUUAAAUAAGAAGCGGUCAAAGAAAAUUCAGAAGAAAUAUGAUGAACGGAAGAAGAACGCAAAAAUCAGCAGUCUUCUGGAGGAGCAGUUCCAGCAGGGCAAGCUUCUCGCCUGUAUUGCGUCAAGGCCAGGCCAGUGUGGCCGAGCAGAUGGCUAUGUGCUAGAGGGGAAGGAGCUGGAGUUUUAUUUGAGGAAGAUCAAAGCUCGAAAAGGCAAAUAAAUCUUCCCAUCCUAGCACAUGUAUUAAAGGUGUUUAUUCUA